GUUGAACCGAACUCGCCAUGAUCAAGAACGCCCUGAACAGCGCACCGAGGCCCCACACUCUCGUGAUACUUUUAUUUAGACUGAAGCUGAUUCGAGUGCACCUUCCCCAUCGGUACAUCUUGAAAGACCUCCUAGCGGAAGUUUUAUACUCUGGCAAACACGAUCUCCCGGCUGAAAUCGAGACCAUUAUGCAACCGUACAAGCCUCGAAACCUACGCUUCUUUACCCCGCACUUUCCUCUUCCCAUCCAUGACCUCAAUAGUAUACCAGACAGUGACGAUUUGAAAGGCCUUCUAAUGCUGGACGCUGACACUAGGUCAACGAUAAGCUGCGCAGGUUACCAUCUUCCGUCUGAUGGAUCAUGUCUUAACCUGGUCGUAGAGGAACCUCUCCCCAUCGAGGAGCAUUCAGAGGAAGGCCGUACGCAACUCAGGUCACGAUUCAGGUCACGAGAGGCCAUUGUUUACUUAAAUCAGCACAACAUUGAACUCAAGUUCACCGGACUUUCGGCGGGGAUUGGGUAUCUAGGAGAGGAGGAAAAUCAAGUGUGGUGCAAACUCAUCGGAGAAGGCGAACUAGAGACAUUCAGAACCCUCGAACCGUUGAACCCAUCUGCCCAUCAUAUCGUGGCGCUCCUUUUACCACCCCACCACCUCCCGACAGGCCAAUACCUGAUCACCAUGCCCGACUAUGGUCAUGAUUUAAACUGGGUGAGCAUGGUCUUCAAAGAACGACUGGCAGGGACGAGAAUACGUAUCAUUGCUCACCAACUUUGCGAAGCUAUCCAAUUUCUACACUCCAACAACCUCUAUCAUCUCGACAUCAAGCCGCAGAACCUGACCAUCGACCACCACACCUCAAAUCUCACCGUGAUAGAUCUAGGCUGGGUAAUGUAUGCACCGCCGCCUUGUGUCAUUGAAGGACCGGCAGGUACUUCUGGGCUUGUCGCACCGGAGGUACAGCGUUGGUUCGAUUGGGAAGAAACGGAAGACGGAGACCCACCUCCGUUCUAUAAUCCCCAGAAAGCUGACGCUUGGGCGAUAGGGAACGUGAUCCGCAUUUUAUUGGACAAGGCAGAUGAUAUUGUUGGAGAGUAUCUGCUCGAACCCUUCAGCGAGUGGAUGAUGGACGAACGGCCUUCUAUGGACACCGCGCUAGCGAAACUUGAGGAUCUUUUUUACCCUCCAAUGCCCACACGGUCAACCUCGGCUUUAGACAGUACUGACAUUUCUUUUUCCUCGUCACCACUCGUCAAGACUGUUUGA